AUGUCAACUCGGCGUGACUUUAUACCGUCACAACGUGAUCAACUUCCAAAUGCAAAGAAAUUACCUGGAAAAAAUUACAAUAAAAUCUCUUCCAAAUGUCCAUACACUGAGGCCAAAGCCAUAUUUGAUAAUAUAGUUCAUGGUUUUGUGGUUUUCACUCAAGACAAAUACGGCAAUACUCAAGUCAAUGGUAUUUUCAGAGAUGGACUUAUAAAUCCUCCAUAUCAAUUUUAUAUUACUGAUAAAUGUGGAAACGUUAUUAGAAAUAUCACCCAAGAUUUGAAUGUUAAAUAUAUUAAUAAUGGAACCAAACCUUUCAGUGCAAAGCUUAUUAGCCUUAACCUUAAUUGUAAUAAAAAUGGGAUUCUAUUCGCUAAUUGCGGCGAUCCAUAUCAUAAUUUAAAAAGGCAAGAUGAUGGUUUUCAAAUGAGUUUUUAUGAAAACGGAUUUAUUUAUUAUCAAGCAAAUAUUGGUUUAAUUUAA